AUGUACGCCUCACCCCAUCCAUCCCUCCGUCCACACCCCAUUAACAACACCCAGCUCGACUUCGAAGAAUCCAUCCGCAACCAGGACGAACAGGGCAUCCUCCGCACGCGCGACUACUUCAACACCUUGAUCAAGGAGCAGAUCGACGCGGGCAUCAAGCCGUCGCGCAUCGUGCUGGGGGGUUUCUCGCAGGGCGGCGCCAUGUCCGUGUUCACCGGUCUGACGAACAAGGAGAAACUCGGCGGCGUGUUCGGGCUGUCGUGCUACCUGCUCCUCAGCGACCGCCUGAAGAACUACACGCCCGAAGACUUCCCCAACAAGAGCACGCCGUUCUUCCUGGGGCACGGGCUGGAGGACGAGAUCGUUCCGCACCAGUUUGGCGCGCUGUCCGUGGAGAAGAUGAAGGCGUUUGGGCUGGAGGAUGUCUCGUUUAAGUCGUAUCCGGGGCUGGGCCAUUCGGCGGACCCGGACGAGAUCGAGGACCUGGAGGCGUUCCUGAAUAAGACGAUUCCCCCCGAAGGCGAUGGACAGACGACUGCUGGUCUCUGA